UGCCCUUGAGGGGCAGUUUCUAAUCUCCCCUUUGUCAAUGGGAAGAAGGCUUCCCUGGUCCAUGAAAUCCCUCCGGGUUGGUGUCGGGGGAGCCAGUCUUCACACUCUGCCUCAGCAGGCUCUUGGCCCUGGCUCUCUCCAAAGCCAAUCUGAUCCAGCAAGCUCUAGUCAUUGCUCCACAAGAAAUCUGUCUCCUUGCAUUUGGGAUGUAGAAAUUCAACCUUGUGUGAAUGUCACAAUUCAUUCUGCUUCAGAGCAGGUCUCAAUUCUCACAGUAUUGUGAUGGCGCAGAGGACAAUGCCUCUCCUGCCAGCCUCUUGCUUCUCUGACGCACAAAAGAAUGUCUGGCUCGAUAAAUAUUCACCCAGCGAUUAUAGGAUUAACUGCAACCUGCAGGAAGAACGAAGGCAGCAAAGCAGUGAACAUCCAGUGAAUGUUCCAAGAAGUGAUGGGGGAGAUCCGAGCCCUGCAGGAAAUGGAGGCCACAUGCUGGCUGGUGCGGCUGCACAACACCUUCGUGGCUUGAGGAAUCAGUGUACUCCAGUGGAUGUGAAUGUUCUGGCCUCCAACAACAAACAGCAUGGUGAAGAGGGCAAUAAACCCAAGGAAAGAAAAGAAAGAGGUCAGCAAUCAAGGAAGGAGGAGCCAGUGAGCCACAAGGGACGUGUGAAACCUGGAGAGCAGAACAUAAAACCACGUAUGAGAAGUCAACUUUGUAAACCAAAGGGCACAAUAUACCUGGAUACACCUGUCACAAAACUGGUCUUCAAACUGAGAGCUAUUCAUAGUCCCAAAGUUGACGCCCUUCCCAAUCCUAACCACCUAACAUUGCAGAACAUCUCCGUCAACUAUAAUGCCAUAGCCACAGCGUUUAAACGGAGUUUAAAUUCCACGAGGAGAUGGUCAGAAAAUGGAGCAGCUGAAUGA